GCUGUGUGUACAUUUUAACUUUCGUCCAAGCGAACGUUUAGCAUCACAGUUUCUUUGGAGAAAGUGUUGUGUAACUGACUUUGAGAUGCAGUCGCUGCUCCGUUUUGCUAAAAUGGCAUAAGAUUUUGUCUAAAAUAGGCAACGUCGAGUGAAGCGCUUCGACUGUGGGAGGGUCCCUGCUCUCGUCGCGGAUGUAAACAUGACAUUUCUUUGCUGCGUGUUUGUGUUGUCAUUAUGCCGUUUAACACUUUGCUUUACUACUCCAAUAGAUACUGUCAUAGUUCAGGUCCAGGUGGGCGCUCAUCCAUACAUACAACAGGUUUUGCUCAACGGAGUUGCAUUCACGGGACUAAGCCAGGAAAUCAACAACAUUAUCCAGAGUAUGGCUGAUGCAGCUCUUCCAUUUAGUGGUGUCAAUCAGACAGCAGAACUAAGAAACCAUACUGUGCUUCGAUCCCGUGACUGCAUUCUGGAGGGGUCUGAGCUGCAUUGGACGGACAGAGUGUUUUUAGAUGGGAAGGUUCAUCUUAGCCUGGAGUCUUCUGAUACUUGGACAGCCCAGGGGCCACAAGCACAGGUCUUGAAGGCAAAGUGGGAUCAAGAAGCUGAGAGAACAAAAAUCGAGAGUGAACGUCUUCAAGAGGGAUGCAUCCAGCUAAUGAAAGAAUUAAAGUUUACUCAGGAGCCACAAGUUCCACACAUUCCAUUACACCAGUUACUGAUCCUCAUUUUGGCAAUUCUGGCUUUUACUGUUCUAUUUGUAAUCAGCCUUUGUCUCUCCAAAACAAUGGGUCUGAGGCACCCUGGAGGUGUUAUUGGAUCAGUUAUACAUUAUCCAAAAGACAUGCCAAAAGAAACGCCUGAGACAAAAGGAUUUGACUACCACACUAUCUAAUGUACUAUAAUAUUUUGAUUUAGGCAACAGAUCCCUUUAUGUCAUGAGAUUGGUUUUUAUUUCAUAUUUUGUCAAUGCACAUUGUUUUAACUGUACUACUGGAUUAUUGCAGGGAUGUUUGUUAAUCCUUUUAUGCUCUUGGGUGAAAAAUAAACCAAUUUUGUACAAUAGUA